AUGGGUUUAAGCUAUUGCUCUACGGGGAACCACUGGGUGACAAUCGCAACAUUUAUUAAGGAAUACAUCAUUUGUCGGUUUGGUGUUCCUAAACACAUCAUUACUGAUAACGGCACUCCCUUUGCUAACAAGCAAGUACAAGCAUUGCUCGAGGAAUACGGAAUUAAGCAAGUCUUCUCCACUCAUUAUUACACUCAAGGGAAUGGGCAAUCCGAAAGCACUAACAAAACUCUGAUUCGAAACUUCUGUCGAACAGUGCACGAUAAUCCCAGGAGGUGGCACGAACAACUGCCAAUGGAGCUGUGGGUAUAUCGGGCGGCGCCUAGAAGUUCUACUGGCGUUUCUCCUUAUUCGCUUGUCUAUGGCGCAGACGCAAUUCUCCCAUCAGACAUUAAAAUCCCAUCAGCUAGGAUUGCAGCAGCAAGCGGAGUCCAAUGGAAUGAGGCCGAAGCAUCGAGUUCCAGAAUUGCGGAGUUAGAUACUCUGGACUCCAGGAGAGUUAAAGCGGAAGAACACGCUCAAGCGUUUAUAAAUAGGAUCUCCAGAGCGUACGAUAAAGCUGUAAAACCACGAGUUUUUAAAAUUGGAGAUCUGGUGUUAAAUACUGCUAAGCACAUUCAGUAA